CCUAUGGACUACCCCUGAAUAAGCACGGGUGUAUGUUCCGCUACGGAAGACAUUUUGAGUUGUUUGCGCUGCUCUGUUGUCUGAACAGCAGGGGUUGGGUGUUGCUGGAAAGCUAAUCUUGUUCACGUCGACGCGACAGCUGAGUGUACACAGAGCAAAGGGGAAAUCGGAUUCAAACGUGACUUCUAUUUAUUUGCAAUCAUCGUAUCCAGUGAGCCGCAGAACGCCAGCCGAGUCCUAGAUGCUAGCUAGUUAGCAUUACCUAGCUGGCCUACCCUCUUCCUCCUCGACACUCGGUCCCUUCACACACACACAAUGGCUUUAAAACGAAUUAAUAAGGAGCUCAGUGAUCUGUCCAGAGACCCUCCUGCGCAGUGCUCUGCAGGCCCAGUGGGGGAUGACUUGUUUCACUGGCAAGCUACUAUUAUGGGGCCUAAUGACAGUCCCUACCAGGGCGGAGUAUUUUUCCUCACUAUUCAUUUCCCCACAGAUUAUCCUUUUAAACCACCCAAGGUGGCCUUCACUACAAGAAUUUAUCACCCAAAUAUAAACAGUAACGGCAGCAUCUGCUUGGAUAUAUUGAGAUCCCAGUGGUCCCCAGCAUUAACUAUCUCUAAAGUCCUUUUGUCCAUUUGUUCUCUGUUAUGUGACCCCAACCCUGAUGAUCCACUAGUGCCAGAGAUCGCCCGUAUCUACAAGACAGACCUCAACAAGUAUAAUAAACUGGCCCGAGAGUGGACAGAAAAGUACGCCAUGCUGUGAGGGUACAACAAGACAGCUCGGGAAUGGACCCAGAAGUAUGCCAUGUGAUCCCUGGUCCCCCCCCCCCCUCCCCCCUCUACUUCGUCAUAGCUGGAAUAAACUGUCAAUUACUGUUCGUUUUUUGCCCAUUUGGCCACACCCCCUCAUUAAAAAGUGCAUCUUUAAUUUGUGCCCCUGCCCUGAACAGCCCGAUCUCACCCCACCUGCCCGCGGCCAAAUGCAUUUCGAAACACCUUCAUCUGCACUUCUGUGCUUCCUUAACGAAGCCAAGCUGUACCAGGAGCAUGUACCUGUUUAAAAAAAGAAAAGACACAACAAUGACAGCCCCCCCCCCCUCCCACCCUCAUAAACGAGCAGUCACUCCGAACUGACAAGACAGUGUCAACUCCAACUCCACCCUCACCCCUCCAUGCCAUGCUUUAAAACAAACACUGGGUGUCUCAACGCCAUUUCAGCCCUGGAUCUCUAGAUCUCGCUCUCUUACUCUCUCUCCCUCCCUCUCUCUCUCUGUCUCUUUAGACCAGACCAGCCCGGAAGGCUGAUCAUAAUAUCAACACCUAACUGUAAAAAAAAUAUAAACGAAAAAAGACAAAGGCGACUGUUUUGAAUGGAGAACUGCUAAAUACGACAAAUAAAUCCACCUGCAGGGUAACACGAUUAAAAAAAAUAAAUAAAAAAAUAAUUAAAUGGAAAAAGAAAGCAAUGCAUGUGGAAGCUCAAAGUGGUGACUGCUGCUCAGGAUGGUCUCCAAGGUGAA